AUGGCAGCUGUGGCGGCUGCCAGGGCCAAGGAGGACGAGCUCCGCGCCGAGUUGAAGUGGCGGAUUUCCGAGAAGUCGGCGGCGGAGCGCGCGGCGGCGGAGGUGGCGGCACGGCACGAGCUGGCCAAAGAGGCACUGCAGCAGGCGGAGAAGCAGUGCGCGGAAGCGGGGGCGGAGGCGGCCCAAAAGCAGGCACUCAUGGGGCAACUGAUGGAGCUGGAGGCGUCCAUGCAGAAGCAGGGCCAGCUGGUGGAGGAGGCGAAGCAGGAGGCGCAGAAGGCGAAGACCGAAGCUGCAGAGGGCGGCAAGGCGAUGGAUGGGCUCCGGCAAGAGCUGAACUGCCUUCAAGCACUGUACAGCCGGGAGAAGUCCAGCGUGCAGACCUUGCACGAGCUGACCCGGAAACAAGCAGAGGACCUGAAGAAUUAUGAUGAGGUGCUCCUGGAGGCUCAGAAGAGCCGCGGUCAGCUCCAGGCCUUAAAUGCCCACAACGAGGGCUUGCAAGAGAAUUUGCGGAGUCACAAGGCCGAGCAGGCCAGGCUGGCGGAGAGCCUAGAGGCCAAGGCCCAGCAGCUGCUGGAGGCCACCUCCCGCGAGACGCGGAUGUCUGGUCAGCUGUCGGCGCUGCGGGAAGCCUUGGUCAGCGCGCAGGAUGAUGCCGCGGCACUGAGGGCUAGGCUGUCAUCCCGGGCUCCCGUUCAGCCCCAGCCCCCUGUCUCGCCCCCGCCUGUCUCGCAGCCCGCGCCCUCGCAGCCCGCUCAGCCUUCGCAGCCUGUCAAGCUAAUUCAGCCCGUUGAGGCGGUGCAAUCCAGAGGUUUGGAAGGCAACCCACUUGGGAUGCCUGCACAAACCCGUGAUAUGAUCCCAAGCGCUGCCUUCCAGCCCGACAAAGGCACACACGCAGCAGAUGAUUUCCCAGAGACGCAGGUAGACGCCGAAGGCGACACCAAGCGCCGACGCACGGGCGACGUCCUGCCGAGCAGAGAGGCCAGCUUUGUUCCCGUGGCCCCUGCUCCCCCACCGCGGAUCUCCAUGGCACCGCCCAUGCCAGCGCUGGCACCGAUGCGUGUGCCACUGUCACCACCCGCACCUGAGCCGAUGCCCAGAAAUCAGAUGGCAAGCACGAGGCAACAAGCCGAGCCAAGGCGAGAAGUGCCAACCCCAGCCCCAAGCAUAUCGAGUUUGGGCGUGCGAGACUUAAAGCCUGCCACUCCGCCAAGCAGCCCAAGGUGCACACCACUUGGCGCCACCAGGGAGCGGGCACGAGCACGGCCGCGGUCCAAAGAGGAGGUCGAAAGGCUGGCUCAUUCCAUGUUCUCCUCCAAGCCCUUGGCGAAGCAGUUGCGCGGCCCUCCUUUGAAGCUUUACCAGGCACACAUCGACUACGUGCUGUCCAACUGGGACAAAUACGAUGCGCCGGAGAAGCAGCCCAGACAGCGCUGUGAGGGCCGCGAAAAUCGCGAAAGCUCCGGGGCCUGGCUGGCUGUACAGAAUUUUCUCCAGAGCCCGGCUUCAACAGGUGAGAGCCCAGGUGCGCGUGCGCGCUGCAUCGUGUCAAGGGCGAGGUGA